AUGAGUACGAAUUCAAAUAUCAAUGGCGCAUCCUCUAAGGAGCCUUCCGGUAGCUUGAGCUCUAGCAGUUCAAAUGUGGACCGCGCGGAUGAUGCUCAUGAAUUGCAACCAGCUGAUGUAAUUUACGUAGACAGUGGAAUAACCUACUCUAAAUAUGAUGAGCCACUGUUCACUGAGGUGGAGGAGUUGCUUGGUUCGUCGCCCGCGCCCCGACCGUGUACAUUGGUAUGGCGUGAUGUAGCCGUCCACAUCAAGCUCAAGGAUGGCAAAUUGAAGAGAUUAGUUAAUAAUGUGAGCGGAAUUGCCAAACCGGGGUCGUUGGUGGCUCUCAUGGGCCCCAGCGGCGCUGGUAAAACGACAUUGAUGACUGCAUUGGCACAUCGGAAUCCAGAGGGAACGAUAGUGGACGGGGAGAUUGCAAUGAACGGGCUGCCUAUUGGUGACUUUAUGCAUCGGGAGAGCGGCUACAUGCACCAGGACGAGCUCUUCGUAGAAAAUCUUACUGUUAUGGAACAUCUCACAAUUAUGGCUCGUCUACGCAUGGACCGCCGCACUACACCCUUGGCCCGAAGAAGGAGGGUCAAUCAGCUGAUGCGUCAAUUAUCUUUGUACGGAGCAAGACACACGCGUAUCGGUGGACUGGAUGGCUUAAAAACAUUAUCGGGAGGAGAAAGAAAACGACUCGCUUUCGCUACAGAACUAUUGAUCGACCCUGGCCUUCUAUUCUGCGACGAACCUACAACUGGAUUAGAUUCAUCAUCUGCACAGAAGUUGAUGACCCUUCUGCGAGCGAGUGCGGUGCAGGGGAAAACAAUAAUAUGCACUAUACACCAGCCGUCCUCGGAACUAAUGGCGUUGUUUGAUAAACUAGUUCUUCUCGCUGAGGGUAGAGUCGCUUUUGCUGGGAAUGCGUCUGCGGCGUUAAGUUUCUUUGAAAGCUUAGGCUACCAAUGUCCCGUAACGUACAACCCGACAGACUACUUUAUAAAAGUACUCGCACUCACUCCUGGGUCUGAGGGUGCGUCUCGACAAGCUAUCAAGAGUGUCUGCGACAGAUUCGCUGUCAGUGAUGCUGCAAAAGAAUUAGAUAUGGAGAUACAGCUAGAGUUCCAUCUAAUGGACCAUGAAGAUGAGGAAACGAAGCGAUCAAAAUUCAACAACAAUUUCAAACAUCCUUUUCUUCACACGAAAAUUAUUUGGCUCGUUUAUAGAUAUUUACUUAUUAUUCUAAGGGAUCCACGAGUGCAGUUAGUACGAAUAUUACAAAAAUUGGCUAUAGCGCUAGCAGCAGGAUUGUGUUUUAUUGGUACAGCACGUCUCACUCAGGCCGGAAUUCAAGAUGUACAAGGUGCGGUCUUCAUCAUCAUCGCGGAGAACACGUUCAUACCGAUGUACUCAGUGCUGCAUAUGCUGCCUGAAGAGUUUCCCAUGCUGCAUAGAGAAUUGCGGGCCGGGCUGUAUUCUACGCCAAUAUAUUAUGUCUCCAGGAUGAUCGCUUUGUUCCCUGGUCUAUUAAUAGAGCCCACGCUGUUCACCCUGGUUUUGUACUGGAUAGCGGGCCUGCGGGGGACAUUCCACGCAUUUGGACUCACAGUGUUUGUCUCCAUAUUAGUGUUGAAUGUCGCCAUCGCUUGCGGUUCAUUCUUCUCUUGCGCGUUUGGUUCGAUGCCGAUGGCGAUGGCAUACCUUGUGCCUUUCGAUUACACUUUAAUGGUGACAUCGGGACUAUUUAUCAAACUGAGCUCAAUACCUAAAUACAUAUCGUGGGUACGAUAUUUUUCAUGGCCGAUGUACUCUAACGAGGCGAUAAGCAUCUUGCAGUGGGAUGGUGUUCAGAAUAUCACAUGCUCACAAGUAGACAGCCAGGCACCUUGUUUAAGUACAGGCGAUGAAGUCCUAACGGUGUACGACUUCGAAUCCAACAAGUUCUGGGUCGACAUCGGGGCUCUUGUCGUCCUUUACGUCGCUUUCCACCUUCUCGCGUUGGUGGCGCUCCGUUACCGUACUAGAAGAAAA